UUAAAAUUAGUAAUAAUUAAUAGAGGUUAAUUUUUCAAAUGAUAUUCGGUAGUGAAAGCUAAUUAUUUAUUUAUUAUAAAUAAAUAGUGAUAGUUAUUAUUAUAUUUGCGUGGUUACAAAUUUUUAAUAUUAAUUAAUUAACUAAAACAAGUGUGUAGUAGUCAUGUUGUGAUAAUUUUAUUUUAAACUAUGUUAAAGUUCCAUUCAACACAUUAACUAAAUUCGUGAUGAUUAAAGUGCAUAGUAUUCAAACGGUCGUUACCGUUUUAGUUGUCAUAGGUUCAUGCCUGUUGGCAUCAUCAAUUAUAAGAUUUGCGUAUUUUUUAUCUGGAUACAAGACUUUUUCGGAAGUCAAUGGAAUCAAUAACUAUCCAAUAAGUUCUAGUGAGUUUUACUGUAAAACUAUUUUUAAUUGGUUACUCGCAUCGAGUUAUUUAUUUAUGCCGACAUUGGCUGAAUUUAUUGUGUAUAAAGUUGGCAACAUUUGCAGAUUACCAAAAUCUUUUUAUAAAUUUACUGAAUUAGUUUUUUUGUCAUCUUAUCUAAACGUAAUAAUUAUUUGCUGGCAGAGAACUCCUGAAAUUUAUUUGUGGUCUAUAAAUUCUCCUCAUACACAGUAUGCCCAUGUAUUUAUUCAUAUUUGUAUGUGGACUAUGUCUAUUAUGAUUUUGUGGGCCAUUGACAUUAUGGAAAUUACUGGACUGAGAUCGAUAUUUUAUUAUUUAUUGGGUAGAACGCACUAUCCUUUGAAAUCUCAACGAUUUGAUUUAUUUUUGAAGAAUAUAGCUUUUCCUGGAUCUUCAUGUUUAAUAGUAAUUUUGUGGACACAAAAAUAUAUGAGUUUCGAUAGAUUAGUGUUGGCAGUUACGUGGACUUUGUGUCUUAUAUCAUGUAAUAAUACAGACGAAAAAGAUAUAGCCUACGUUUCUAAACAAAUCGAGAAAAAAAAAAAGUGGAUGUUUUAUUCAGAAUGUAUCACAGUUUCGUCUUUGGAAUAGAAAAUAACACGUGAAGAUAGUAUUAUGUAAAUGGGUAUAUAUAAAUUUGUAUUUUUAUUUUAUAAAGAAAUUGUAUGGAAAUCUAUCAAAUUUUAUUAUAUUACUUCAAUAAGACAUAAUUCAACAUGUGAAUAUUAAUUUAAAUAAUUUAUUAUAUUUAUGUACAGAUAAAAAAAAACGUAUCUUGUUAUAGUUCUAUAUAACGAAUUCUUAACUAGGUUUAAGUAGAAUAAAUGUUUAUAGGGAGAGUUAAGUAAUUUACGACGUUUCUAAUCCUUUGAGCAAUUAUAUAAAAUUUUGAUUUUUGUGGAUGAAGUUAAUUGCUUUUGGACUUAUAGAUAUGCUAAUUAUAAGGUCAACAUUUUGAAAAAAAGUUUAAUAAUUACUGUUAUUAAAUAAUUUUUUUUUAAUAUUAGCUUCUAAAGUUAUUCAAAAAUCGUUAUUAUUUUUAUAAUAAAUAAUACUUGUAUUAAUAAAGCUAAUUGUCCUUUUUGA